GGCCAGUGUGGGGUGCCUUAAAGUCUCCAAACUCUGAUCGCUGUCCAGAGGAGUCAGAUCUCCGGAAGGGAAUCACAGCGUUCAUAGGGACUGCAGUAACUCCUGCAGCAACAGAGCAGGACGUCUACAUGGAUGACAUCCCAGAGGAAUGAGUUGGUGGACAGAUUUGGGGAGCCACUUCCAGUGACCAUCCAAGGAUCCCUGUUAACAGGAGAUGUAUGGCAGGGCUGGGAAACUGCCAAUGUUCCAAAUUUCAAAAAGCAUAGAGAUUGUCAUCUGUAAACUCUAAGCAACAUCCCCUAGGCUGAAACAAUCUUGCCUGUGGCUACCACCUCCUGCCCCAGCUCAACACCACCCUCUACACUCCCCGGCACCUUCAAUCAUGAAGUCCUUUUUAGUCAUGUUCUUUGUAAUCAUCAUCAUGACCAAGCAAGUUGCGCAAGCUCUGGAUUGCCAUGUCUGUACAGCUAAUGACAAUGACUGCUCAAACCCAGUGCACUGUCCAGGACUAUCCAUCUACUGCAAGACCAUUCGGGCCUACUCUCCAGUUGUGGUCUACAAAUCCUGUGCGGCCAGCUGCACCAAAGAUGGCGUGGAGGAAAUCCAGAUAAAACAAAAUGCCAAGGUGUCCUGUUGCCAGACAGACCUGUGUAAUGGGGCUGCCUCCCGCUCCUCAGGUCUCAUCCUCACUGGGCUCCUCAGCAUCUUCUGGGGUCUCUUUACUCUUGGCUUCUGAGCUAUAACUAGCCGUCACACAGGUGGAUAAAUGAACUUUCCUCCCCUCCUUUGGACUUAUAGCUCAGCCUGGCUCCCAGGUGAGAGAGCGAGACUGUUCCCAUCCUCCCUUUGUCACUAGACCCCACACAGAGCACUGGGCAGCUUCCAGCCCCACCUCCAUCACGUUCCACCCCCUUACUGGUA